UGGCGUGCGGCAUAGACACGUUCCUCUUAGUUUUAGUGUUCAAACUAAAUGUUACUACUAAGACACAUGGAAGUGACUACUUAAAAUUGACGUGAAUACUUACAGCAAUGGAAGUCAAAUGAGGUCAAGUCUGUACGCAAGUCGUAAAGGAUUCUAGUGGCAGGAUGAGGCUUUUCUUGAAGCGUAAAAUUCUGGUUUUGCUGAUUACGCUGGCGCUCAUUAUUUUAAUUGGAUUGUCUACAAGGCCUUUGGAAUCAAAUGACACUAGGCAGACGGUGAGCAAGAAACAAGGGAAGCAGACGCCGGUCACCCUGACCCCUACCAUGUACACACCUCCGUCUUUCAACUACAGCAGCCGAUAUUGGAGUGCCAUGUACCAGGAUAUAACAAACAUCAGCAUCUCGGUGCCGCCAAUGCCAGGUGUACACAGCUACCUGCCCCACCUGAAGGCUAAUCCUGACAACAUCUUACCUGAGUUCUUGUUGUCUAAGGGCAGGCAGAAUGUUAGCUUCGUGAUUGGGAUUCCUAGCAUCAAACGGCCAAUCGAUAUGUACCUGUUCAAUACUUUAAAGUCUUUGAUCAACGGCUUGAAUGAAACGGAGAGAGGUGAAACCCUGCUCAUUGUCUGUAUUACUGAACCUGCUGAUGUAGCAUAUGAAAGGGGAGUAAUCGAGGAGAUACGAAGAAGGUUCCCCCUGGAGGUGAGCGAGGGCCUGCUGGAGGUGAUGACGCCACGAGCCAGCUUCUACCCGGACCUGGGUCGACUGAAGCCCUCGUUAGGGGACUCGCCCACACGUGUCAGAUGGAGAUCUAAACAGAAUCUUGAUUAUGCUUUUUUGAUGUUCCACGCUUGGCACAGAGGAAGAUACUAUCUUCAGCUAGAGGAUGACAUACAAGCCUCACCAGGGUAUGUGAACAGCAUGAAACAAGCUAUAGCAGAGAACUACGGGGACUGGUUUCUGCUGCAGUUUUCUACUCUAGGGUUCAUAGGGAGACUAUUCAAGUCGGAAGACGUGCCGAAGGUGAUGGAGUUUUUGCUGAUGUUUUUCUCACAGAAGCCCUGCGAUUGGCUGCUCGGGGACUUCCUGCAUGUGAGGAUGUGUAGCCAUGGAGACAAAUGGUCGUUGUGUUUACAUAAAAUUCAAAGCGUGGCCCGACCUAUUACACCAUCACUGUUCCAACAUGAAGGAUUCCACUCCUCACUAGAGGGGACCAUCAACAAACUGAAGGAUUCAGGAUUUGGUGUGAAUGUGAGCCAACCAUCCCACAACCCUCCUCUCUCAGUGGUGAUUACAACCCUACAGACGUACCUAGAUAAGGAUAUCUACACGGCUUAUAACGGCGACGGCAUCUUCUGGGCCAGCAGCCCUAAAAUAGGUGACGUCAUCGACUUUGUCUUUGACCAGCCGGCUAACCUACACAGGAUCGUCAUAACCAGCGGAAACGCCGACCACGAAGGCGACAUCCUACGCGAUGCCUCUAUAGAAGUACUGCCAGAGAAACAGCUGGACAGGAACAUGACGCAAGGCCCCCGGUCCUUCUCUGACCAGGAGCGAUUGGCCAACAAAAAGAGAGCCAACUACCUGCCCCAACUUGACCCUGAGUACGACACGUUCUACACACUCGGGGCGUGCGACUACAACGGCAGCAUUGAUGUGCAAGUCCCGCAACAGCUCGGGAGAAUUUGGAUCGUGCGAAUCGUCUUCCAUUCUAGCUCGCCGACCUGGCUGAUUAUAAAUAAGAUUGAAAUGCGAGUUGGAAAGCAUUAGUCCAGUAUUUAAACAGAUGGAGAUAAUGGCAACUGUUUUACUCAUUCCAGAAAAAUCUUUGUGUAAAUAGCAUCACUUUUGGUAUUUAAGAUUAUCACCCCCCCCCCGUCACAAUAUUAUACCCCUACAAAAUGACGUCACACAUCGGCCUCCCAUCCUCAUUAAAACUUUACUAAUUCUAAUCAGUAUUAACUAUUAUGCUGCUUUAAUUGGAGAUCUGAACCAGCUUCAAA